AUGGAACAUACCACAUCUGCAUACAUUGCAUCAAAUGUGCCAAUGCCCCUACUGGGUGUAGUGCAAUUUGGCCACAGUACAAGCGGCAUUGAUUGCUCACGGUUUCUUGGAGCGAGACACAUCAGUUCAUCGUCACUCAUGGGGAUCGUCAGCUGGGUGCAGGGGAGGCUGGGUGGGAGGACGUCGGCGGCGGCGGAGAGCAGAGGGCUCGCCGCCGGCAACGGCAAUCCUUCGGUGGUCGCGGCGGUCGUUGCGGCAGGCAAGGAGAGGAAGCAUCAGCAGGUUGUUCCUGACGAUCUCGCCGGCGAUCAAUGGCCGACUCCGGCGACUCAUCUCUUCUCCAUCGGCACGUUGGGCAACGACGAGUUGCCGGAGCAGGGGGAGGAGGAGGAGGACCUGCCGGAGUUCAGCGUCGAGGAGGUGAGGAAGCUCCAGGACGCGCUGGCGAGGCUCCUCCUGCGCGCCAGGUCCAAGAAGUAUUCCGAGGCCGUCGCCACCGCCGCCGCCACCGCCACCUGCUGCGGCGGCGGCGGCGCGGACAGUGGCCUGCCGCUCGACAUGUUCCUCAACUGCCCUUCCAGCCUCGAGGUGGACAGGAGAGCACAGCGCGAUCACGGCGGCGGAGGCGCCGCCGUCGGCCUCUCGCCGGGCACCAAGAUGAUACUCACCAAGGCCAAGGACAUUCUCGUCGACGGCAACACCAGAAACACCACCACCAGCGGCGGCGACAUCAAGAACAAGUCAUUCAAGUUCCUUCUCAAGAAGAUGUUCGUCUGCCAUGGCGGCUUCGCGCCGGCUCCGAGCUUGAAGGACCCGACGGAAUCAUCAAUGGAGAAGUUUCUCCGAACGGUGCUCGGCAAGAAGAUCGCUGCCCGGCCGAGCAAUUCACCGGCGUCGAGGACAUACUUCUUGGAGGGUAACAAUGCACAUGGUGAUGACCAUCGCCUUUGUCGCCGCCGUCGUCCUCGUUGCGGCGAAGAAGAAGAAGAGGAGGAGGAGGAGAACAAGGGGGAAGAAAGUUGUAAAUGGGACAGGACAGAUUCUGAAUAUAUUGUUCUUGAGAUAUGAAAGGGGUGUGUGAGUGUGACAAUUGAAACAGCAGGAGCAAGCUGGUGUGAUGUAUAGAUACCUGGUAAAAAAUUAAUCAGAAUGGAGAAAGAAUGGUGAGAUCUCCUAGAUGACAACUCUGCCCACUUGAGUUCUUUUUGCAGAAAUGCAUUAACAGAAAGCACUGGUCAAGUACCAAGCAGAAAUUGGGGUUGCACAUGAGACCUCCCAAAAAUUUUGAGUUACAUUUUGCACACUUCGAAUGUGAAUGUAUAUAUAUACCUGAGUUUCUGAGGUGAAAACAUAUUUUUUAUGCCAUCUAAAAAUGGAAGUUGCCGUAUAUAUAUGAUUCAAAAAUCAUGUGGGCCUUGGUCUUUGCUGAAGUUGCAUGUUGGACAAACUUUACGAGAAUAUACCGUACCAUUGGUACUUGGGACAAGUAUAUAUAGCCAAAACAGGAAAAACCAACCUGCUGCAAAAUGUGCAAUUGGGCGUUGCAUCGGAAGCAACUGACCGGCACAUUUCUGAAUGUUCGUGCACUUCUCUGCCUCUCUUGGGUUAAAAAAAAAAUUUGGCAGAGAAGUGCAACCAAAGCAAAGGUUUCUGGAGGCCAUUGCCAAAUGGCGAUGCAACGCUGCCGCAUCGUGGCCAAAUAUUCGCCAUUCAUGAUGCCGGCUUGGGUGAUAUUUUACCAAAAUUUGAUAUUCUUUGCAAGUUUUGGUAUCACCAAAUUUUAUAUGUGUGUUUGGAUUAUUAUCAAGAUUUUGGUAAUGUAGAUUUAGCGUUGUUUGGUUUAUUACUAACAAAGUAAUUACAAGAAAGCAGGUCUCAUCGUUUGGCAUAUGACUUGCAAGUCGCUAGCAAAAUUUAAAUGUUAAAAUUUAUUUCGAAGUUGAUUUUGAUUUUUUUUUUCUCCAUAUAGUUUAUUUUUCAGUGAUGGCUCAUAAAUGCUAAGGAUAUGUACG